UUUUAUUAUCGCUAUCAUCGGAGACGGUUUGUUAGCCGUGCCUGUAUUAGGAGGAGAACAAUCAAAACGGACUGUUGUUUGUGAUGUCCGGUGUGAUGGUUUCUGUGAAAAGUCUUUUACACGUGUUAACAAAUAUCUAGAUGUGUUUAAUUCAACAUGUGUAGGUAGAAGGACCAUUAAGUUUGUGUUAUUCUAAAGGGUGAUAAGGAUUUUUUUUCUUUUUUCUGUUUUACCCUUUUUCAAGACAGUUUAACAUAAUGUAAAACGGUGAGAAUGGAACGCGUCAAACUCUCAACUUUGUUUUUGGACUUAUAUUCAUUCGUUUUAUGAAUUAUCGCAAAUGUUAUGUUGCAAUGCACGAGUUCAAUGAGUUACACAUAGUAGAAUUGGGAAUAUCCAAAUCUUCCGCUGGCUCACCGCAAAUCGGUGACACAUUCUUUCUUAUGAUAGUGUGUCAAUAGAUUAAAACGACAAACUGCUUCGUUAAAUUUUCACAUUGGGAAAUUAAAAUUUAAACCAUUCAUUCGGAAUUUACAAGGUGCGAUCCAGCAACUUGUGUAAUUAUGAAAACCAACGAAGGUAGAUGCAUCCGUCUUGUCCUUAUAUGGAUGGCUUUGGUGUUGUGUGUUUACUUCUACGAUCUCCACGGCCGAAGAAAGUCCACGGAGGAGGGCGCCGUACCCAUCAAUGCGGUGACGAAAACAUCCGGCGGAUGGCGGAGGCGAGAUGAUGGAGGAGCAGAGAGGGAACACGAGGACGACAACAUUGUGAUAGAAGAGAACCUAGCUGUCAUCAAGGACGCAGACGGUAGUCAUGGCAACGUGGAUCCGGAGAUCGAGCUCCAAGAAGACGUCCUGCCGGAAAGUUUGGAGGUUUCGGAAAAUCAAAACGAUAUCUUGCUGCUAAGCAACAGAAAUGGCGAAGCCGCAAGUGAUAUUCAUAACCAUGACGGGGCCUCCGUUGAUGCUGAAAAUGGCGUAAGGGGCAUCCAAAACAGAAUGUUGUAUUUUAGAGAUCCGAAAGAAUUGGGUAAGAAUGACGAAACAAAGGAAAAAGGCCCCAAGGGGAGUAACGUCAAUGUUGCUGUUCAUACAAAGUCAGAGUUGUCUGACCCUAAGAAAAGCGCAAACUCUUUAGGUGCGGUUGCUAGGUUGAGAGUGGCCCCAGAAAACAUUUCGACCAAUGUAGAUUUCAAAACAUUGACAGACAACUUAGACCCGUCGUCAAAUAAAGUGGACGAAGUGGUUUCGUUAGAAGACGGCGCACAAGGAGCACCAAAAGGGAUACCAUCAAUAGACACAGUCACUCCUAUGAUGCGGAUCAGGUCCAAGCACCGUCCUUGGACCAUAAGUGAGAUGGGAAAGUAUAGUCGAUCGCUGUUCACGCCCCCUCCACACGAAGCACCUGUGCAACGGUUCCCAAAGGUGGGAUUCACUGAUAUUUUUAUCUCAUAAAUGUUCAUUGUUGGCAAUUCUAUAAUAUCCCAUUUGAAGCCAAUCUUAGAGCUGCAUUUGGUGAACAGUAAGAAUGCCACAAAAUUGCUUUAAAAAAUUACGUGCUAAAACAAACAUUAUUCUUAUUAUUUAAAUCGUAAAAAUUUGUCUUUCAAAUGAAUGAUACCCUACAGCAUUGUUAAUUGAAUCGUUGAUUAGAAAAGUUUUAAGGCAAUUAUUUAAUUUUUUUAACAGAUUUAACAAUAUUUACCUAUGAACUAUUUCAGGGAAAGUUUAAAGAUGUCAAAAUGUGUUAAGUUUUAAUCAUCAUUUUAUAGAGAAUCAGAAAGUGUAGACAACGGGAUCGGGCGACUUUGACCUCCUUCACUUUGGUAAAAAAAAAUAUAUAAAAAAAUCUGUGACACCACAGUGGCUUGCAUGACUUAAUGAUGUAGCUCCCAUUGUUUUAUGUACGUCUGUGAUCACAGGCGUAUUGAUUUAGGUAUCGAUCACGUCGCGAUUGGUGGUGUGUGUGCUUGUGUCCAGCUCGCAACUUAAUGUAAGAUUUCCUGCUUUAGAAUUUAUCAUCACAGUCCUCCUCGAUAUGAGGCAAUAAGCGGAUGAAAUCGCCUCUUUAAACAAGUAAAGUAUGUGGCUUAAACCAAAACAAAAAUCCCCUUAUUACGACAAAAACCGGAUAAGAAAAACUUGAAUGAUGGAGUCUUAGAUGUUCAAAUAACACUACAUCAAUUUGAAGUCAUUGACUUUCAAACGCCCCCCCCCCCCUUUCCACAGAAUCUAUAAAUAGCUUCUUUUUUUUUUUUUUUUUUUUUUUUUUUUUUUUUUUUUUUUUUUUUUUUUUUUUUUGCGUCUUAUGUCCGCCAGGCUAUAAUUAUUGGUGCUGGGAAAUGUGGUACACGCGCCCUCCUGGAAUUCCUACGGAUGCACCCUUACAUUGCGGCGGCCAAUUCCGAGGUUCAUUUCUUUGACCUGGACGUGAACUUUCGUAAGGGAUUGGACUGGUACAAGGCUCAGAUGCCGUUGUCUUACAGUAAUCAGGUGAGACUUACCGUAAUAAGAUGAGUGUUGCAGGAAUCGGGUGAGUCUUUCGGCAAACAUAUGGGUCUUACAGCAAUCUUGUCAGUCUUUCGGUAAUCAGAUGGGUCUUACAGUUAUCAGGUGAGUCUUAUAGUUAAUAGGACUAUCUUACUGAAACCACAAGAGUUUUUCAGCCUAAUGUACGGCCUUUUGAGUAUCAUUCAGUUCAUCAGCUGUUUGACUAAGCCUUGUCCCGUAAUAAGCAUAUAAGAUAAUGUAGGCCAUAAACACUUAACUGGGUUCUUGGUUUUUUGUAUAAUAAAAGGAGGGUUUGGGGCACAGCCAAUUUAUCGUCCAAUUUGAAAAUAAAAUUGGAAGAGUGUGGUAACUUCUAAAAUGCAUUUUUUUUUACUUUUGGUGUAGUAUGUCACAUCGGUUACCGGAAAUUUUAUCGAAAGAAAUUUCAUCGACGGUAAAUUGAUCGACGGAAAUUUGAUCAAACGGAAAUUCGGUCGAAUCUUUUUUUCAGUUGACACGUUAAAAUUUUCGUCAAAUUUCUUUUUGAAGGCACAAUACUAUAUAGUAAAACAAAAUAAUGCGUUCAAAAAGAAAUUUGAAGCAAAAUUGUAACGUAAAAACUGAAAAAAAGAUUCGACCAAAUUUCCGUCGAUCAUUUUACCGUCGACGAAAUUUCUUUCGAUCAAAUUUCCGAAUACGAUGUCACAUCAGCUACUCUAACGAACAUUAGAGAGCAAUUUACCCAUAGACUGUCCACUUGUAACAUGAUUUAGAAAAGAAAUAGUUACAAAUGAAAUGUUGUUCGUCUGUCAAAUUCGACUAGGACCAUCGAGUCAUUCGGUUAGGGGGGGGGGGAGUUGUGUGACGGUGAGCUCGUAAGUGGCUUGCUAGACCGAUCCGUGCUGGGAAUAAUCUCUGGCACCUCAGGCAGGGGAUAGUUGAUGCAGACGAUGAUCUAAUGUUGCUCUUUCGGGCCAGCCUGCGUGUCUCAGCUGUGGUUAUUCUAUUAGCGUAAUGGGAUUUGGCCCCCUUCUUGACAGCAGCUCUCCACCUGGCUCUGUCCUGGGCUGUCUGCACCCAUUGAAUAAGAUUGAUGCUCAACGCCUUAAGUGCCGCUUUCAGUGUGUCUUUGUGUCUUUUUGGGGAGCCGGUGGUAUUCCAUACGGGCUACGUGUCCCAUCCAACGGAGCUGAGACUGCAUCAGGGUUGUGAAGAUACUCGGUAAGUUCGCUAUAAAGAGGACCUCUGUGUCAGGAGCUUUGUCUUGUCACCGACAUUAAUAUCUGCUGAAGCGUGACUGAGCAGGACGCUCUUGCACGACCGCUCACGAAGAGCGGCGUCCAAGACCCCGGUCCGACGUAUUCGUAACCGUUAAAGUCAAAACCAGGAUCAGGGACCCCCCCGUUGAGAAGCAACGGACGCGGAUUGGCCUGGCUCGUGAAACCCCCCACGUGUCCGGGGGCCACAUGUACAAAUUGGCCCGGUUGUGAAACCGACCAGGCCGGGCAGAAGACUAUUUCGAGCAAAAUCUUCCCGCCGCCGCGGCGCAGCCAAUGCUCCGGCCAGACGUAUAUCCAAGUUAGAAGCUGCCACAGUCAAAACUGUUGGAAACAGCAGGGCAUGUGCCACAAAACCAGCCUUUCACCUUCCGUGGGACUUCGACUCUCUCCGUUAGCAACCGGCACCAGUGUCCUGAGCGCAGGCACAGGCCAGCGCAAUGGGGCAUGGAACACCGAGACACGACAAGGGAUCCACCCCACCGGCCAGGAACAGGAGGCAACGACCCCCGGGACGCCCGCGGGUCACCCCCCCGCGGCGCCAGGAUCCCGCAGGAUCUAGACUUUAGUCCAUGAACGAUCGCCACACUCUUUGCCGAAGACGAAACCACACUCUACCACUACCUCACCGUCUUCGCCGGGUAUGGCGAGCAAGCCAUAUCAUGCCCGGCUCUGGUGACUUCGUCGCUCUUCUCGGUGCCUAACCACCUUGUCGCUUCUUAAACAUGGCACCGGAAGAAAUCAUCAUAUCCAUAAUUUGAGCUUUCAAGGGCGAGGGGAGCGCCCCCCGCCCUUGACCCCAUUCUGUCCACCUGUGCUUAUUCGGUCUGGCCACACCGGACCAGGCCUUAUUGAAACACAUAACCGUUGUCCGGGGGGAACGACCCCGGUCACCGGCCGUCCCGAUAUCCGCAGCCCUCGGAGGCGUGGAAUCCCGCAGGGGCCGCCGGGCGGGCUCGUCUGGUGGCCAGGUCCGGCGAGCCGACACCGCCACCGACAGAGGCGACUGCCGGUAGCGGCCAAUUCGUCAGACCACAGCCCCGACUCAAAUCCCCCGAUUGAGCGCUGGGCUGCUGGCACCAGACUUGCCCUCUUGUCACCUGAUGGCGUGGAGUUUCCUGGGGCAAGUUGUGUCAAAAUUGUUCAGUUUCUUGGCGCGACGCUGGUAGACUGUCCACGUUUCACAUCCGUGGAGUAAUGUCGACGGGACUGCAGCACUAUAGACCUUGAUCUUCAUUUCCCGUCUGAUAACUCAAACAGUGCUGCGGAGCCUGCCAACUAUGGAACUAGCUUUUACGAGUCUGGCAUUCAUUUCAUCAUCAAUGACAACAGAUCUGGAGAGGAUUCUGUGGAAAAUCAUGAAGAAGUACGGACGUCCAGACAAGUUCACAAAAUCAUCCGUCAGUUGCAUGAUGGCAUGAUGGCCCGAGUGCAGGACAACGGUCAGUCACCUCAAGCAUUCCCUGUCACAAAUUGUGUGAAGCAAGGCUGUGUCCUGGCUCCCACACUCUUCAGUAUUAUGUAUUCUACAAUGCUGUCUGAUGCGUUCAAGGACUCCACCACAGGCUUGCCAAUCCGUUUUCGCACUGAUGGAUCAGCCUUCAACCUUAGGAAGCUUCAAGCUAAAACCAAAAUCAAACAUAACACCAUCAACGAGCUUCUUUUUGCGGACGCGCACAACGCUGCCUCAGAAGCCGUCAUGCAACACAGCGCUGUUAUCUUCUCUGUGGCCUGCAGGAAUUUUGGCCUCACAAUCAAAACAAAGAAGACUGAGGUGAUGUAUCAGACACCUCCCAGCUAAGCCCUAUGUUGAGCCCAACAUCAUCAUCAGCGGACAAGGUAUCAACCCGCUGGAUAAAUUUACUUACUUGGGCAGCACCCUCUCUAGCUCUGUCGUCAUGGAUGAUGAAAUAAAUGCAAGACUCGCACAAAUGAAAUACUUAAGAAUACAACAACAUAUAUAAACAGUCACACGUAAAACAAGACAGGAGUAAUUAACCAAGGAUACUACACGCCCCGGGAGUAGGAGGUAGUGCCAGGGGUGCGGGAGGCAGUGUCAAGGGGGCAGGAGGCAGUGUCAGGGGUGUGGGAGGCAGAGUCAAGGGGGAAGGAGGUAGUGUGAGGGGUGCGGGAGGCAGUGUCAAGGGGGAAGGAGGCAGUGUCAAGGGGGAAGGAGGCUGUGUCAGGGGUGUGGGAGGAAAACUAAGGGGUUCGGAACUGCAAAAAUAUUGAGAAUCUGUGAUAUGGGUAUAGGAGACUAAUGUUUCAAUUCUUUAAAGAUAGUAAAUGAGAAUUAUGUAUUGAUUCAUUCACCUUUCUGAAACAGAUUACCAUUGAGAAGACACCCUCAUAUCUAUGGAGCCAAAGAGCCGUGGAAGAAAUCUACAAGCUAGACAAAAAAAUGAAGCUGAUGAUUAUCAUCAAAGACCCGGUGACAAGAGCCAUGUCUCAGGCAACAAGGGUGAGUUUUUAUUAUCAUCAAAGAUCCGGUGACAGGAGCCAUGCCUCAGGCGACCAUGGUGAGGCUGCUCAAAUAUUUGAGCUGUUAGAGUAAGAAAGGAAAUACUAUAAGUAUAUCAGUGUCAAGCUAAAAGUUUGGUGGCUGCAUUAUAUUUUUUAGAACAUUUUAAUUAUAUACAUCAAUUUGAUGCUAUUUCAGCCAAAUGAAGUUUCAGUCAAUUGCGUAACCCAUUGUACUGCCUAUAUGUCUUCCCCAUUUUGUACACAACGUAAUGACUCAUUGAACAUACAUCAUCAUGUCCCUUAGUCUUUUAACCGUUGGGGGCCACAGAUGACAUGUAAACCAUCCUCCUCCAUUCGUCUCUGUCUUCUGCACUACGCACAGCAUCGCCCAGUUUUAGUCCUGUCCACUCUUUGAUGUUAUUUUCCUAUGCUUUUCUUUGUCUUCCUCUUCUUCUCCCUCCUCUUGUGGUGCCCUGCAAUAUAUCUUUGGCGAGCCCUUGUUUCCAUGUCACGUGGUCAUACCAUUCCAGUUUGCGCUUUUUCACAGUCACCAGGAGGUCAUCGUACUGCCCAAUUGACUGACGAAUCCUUUCUUUCACUUUUAUCAUUGGAGAUAUGGUCCCUAUAGCAGAUGCCAAAAAUACGUCUGAAACAUCUCAUCUCCAUCGCCUUUAUUUUCAUUUCAAGUUCUGUUGUUAAUGUCCAGGACUCGCCACACACAAAAACAUGGAGAGGACCAAUGAGCGCAUCAGCCUGAUUUUGGUGCGGGGGCAAUAUUUUUGUCGUUCCAUAUUUUCUUGAGCCUCUUUAAUUCUGUUGUGGUUUGGGCAAUCCUGGACAUUGAUUCAGGCUCGGAGCCUUCUUCCAAGACAAUUGCUCCUAGGUAUUUGAAGCUGCUUACUGUCUCUAAUCUUUUCUCCCCGACCUUAAUGUCAGUGGCGAUGUCGGUGGUGUUAUUCGUCACUAGUUUUGUCUCUUCUGCACUGAUUUGAUGCCAAUGGACGAUGAAAACGAUGAAAACAAUUGAACAAAUCAUUUUAACUCCAGAUGUUAUUUUCUGUCUUUUUCAUGUGAAUGUAGAUAUUAAGUUGACCGCAGGAUGAAAGGAAAAUGUGUUGUGAAAAAGACGUUUUUAAAGUUGAGACAGGGAGAACAGAGGUUUUAAAGUUGAGACAGGGAGAACAGAGGUUUUAAAGUUGAGACAGGGAGAACAGAGGUUUUAAAGUUGAGACAGGGAGAACAGAGGUUUUAAAGUUGAGACAGGGAGAACAGAGGUUUUAAAGUUGAGACAGGGAGAACAGAGGUUUUAAAGUUGAGACAGGGAGAACAGAGGUUUUAAAGUUGAGACAGGGAGAACAGAGGUUUUAAAGUUGAGACAGGGAGAACAGAGGUUUUAAAGUUGAGACAGGGAGAACAGAGGUUUUAAAGUUGAGACAGGGAGAACAGAGGUUUUAAAGUUGAGACAGGGAGAACAGAGGUUUUAAAGUUGAGACAGGGAGAACAGAGGUUUUAAAGUUGAGACAGGGAGAACAGAGGUUUUAAAGUNUGUAUAUGAGAGAGUAUAUAUAUAUAUAUAUAUAUAUAUAUAUAUAUAUAUAUAUAUAUGUAUAUUAAAGUAGUUGACUAACUUAUUGAUUAGAGUACAUCUUUAUUUUUUGUACUGCUAUAAAUAAAUAUUUUCCAUUGAGGAUAUGGAUAGCUUUGACUUGUUUUAUCAGGGAGAAAGAUCAGAACGUAGGUGAUAUGUACUCUGCAAUUAGUCCUUAGAGUUUUUGUUUAAGUGUAAAAAGAACUAUACAAUAGACAAGAGACGGUAGACACUAAACAAGAGACACCAGAUGUCGCCAAAAUUGAAACAAUUCCCUUGUCUUAUUCCAGACUAAACCUGAACAUCCAGAGUCAAUGUUUGUGGAGAAUGUGGCCGGAACUCUUAGGGUUGUGAAUGAAUCUCGCACUGUAGAUUGGGGUGUCUACGUAAAAUAUAUAAAAAUGUGGUUGCAGUGGUUCCCCAUGUCUCAGGUAAACUAAACUUAUUUAUGUACGUAUAGGAACAAAGUGGACAAAGAUAAAACUUUGAGAUAAAGAACUCUUAAUUCGCAAAACCUUUAAAAUGCUUAAGAAAAGACCGACCUUGACCUUGUCGGUCUAACGCAUUCUUCAGCGAAAAACAUGGUGUGAAUAUUUUUCUAAAUGUAAAAUUCUUAAAACAAAAAUAAAUUUUGGACUAAGGCGCUUAAGUUAUUAAAAGGUACUACGAUUUAGAGUAAUCAAUUUAUCAGUUUCUUAAAAACACUUACAAAUCUAUUGUAAGUAAAUAUGGAUUUAUUUAAUCCAACAUUUCUUAUAAUUUAGUCUGGAAAAAGAAUUGCAAAAAAUUUUAUAAAUUUGUGUACAUUUUCAGAAACGAUAUCAGAAAUUAUUUCUAAUUAAUCUUGAUUGUUGUUUUUCUUCUUUUGCUAUGUUACGGUUGCAUUUUAAAAAAUGUUUGUGGUGUAAAUAGGAGGAUAUCAACAUUUCAAUAUCAAAUACAGACAUUUUUAACACAGAAAUAUCUUAACUAAUAUUUAAAUUUUAUUUCUGUAAACGCUAAACAAAAAAUAAAUGUAUUUAGUUGUUGUUUUUUUCAUUAAUACAUCUAAAUAGAUGUCAAAAUUAAAAUGUUCUAAAAAAAUAAAACAAACCAUCGAAAAUAUUUAAGCUAUGCUCUCAUCCUGCAGAUUUACGUCAUAGAAAGCCGACAGUUUGUUUACAAUCCAGCGGCGGAGAUUCAACAAAUUGAACGCUUCCUGGGAUUGCCCCCGAUGAUCACGGAAAGAAAUUUUUACUACAAUCGAAGUAAAGGAUUCUACUGCAUGAGGCCUUUCCACGUGAGGACCAUCCAGUGCCUGGCUCCAGGGAAGGGGCUUCCCCACCCGACGCUGGAGCCCAGGGUUCGAGACAUGCUGUACAACUACUACCACGAGCACAACGAGGCGUUAUUUAACCUUCUGGGCCGUAGGUUUGAGUGGAAAUCGAGAGCAAGGUUGUGAGCGUUCGAAAGAGAGAGAGAGAGAGAGAGAGAAAAGGAGGGAUAGAGAGAGAGAACGAGAGAGAGAAAGAGAGAGAGAGAGAGACAUGCUGUACAACUAUUACCACGAGCACAACGAGUAGUUAUUUUAGUUGCUGGGAAGUAGAAUCGAUUGGAAAUAUAGUACAAGCGUGUGAGCGUUCAAGAGACAGAAAGAGAGAGAGAAGAGAGAGAAAAGGGGGGAGAGAGAGAGAGAGAACGAGAGAGAGAAAGAGAGAGAGAGAGAAAGAGAGAGAGAGAGAGCUGCUUGUGCAAGAAUAUUUUGUGGGAUUAUAGUUUUCAAACACAUCAAAUUAUGUUGUUUUUUUCUUUGUGGGUGGAUAAUUUGAAGUAUGAUUCACAGUAGUGUGCUGUAAACAUAGAAAAAUCAGGCAAUUACCCCUGACGAAUAAAUCGAGUAACGUAUUUUGAUUGAAGUUUCUCAUUUUGUAGGCCGCCCCAGCCUAAAUUUAUCGCAGAUGUCAUUAGUACAUAUGGCAUGGUAUCAUUCAAACGGAAGGAUUUUUUUGUUUGAAGUUUUUUUUUUAUAUUACUCAAUCUUGAAUACAUAUUAAUUAGAAAUCAGUAGAGAUUCUCGUCCAGUCACCAGGCAUGAUGCGAGAUUACAAAUAAUGUCCGGAGGUAAUCGCGGAAGACAACCACGCAAAUGAAUGUGUAGACUUUCUUUUUAGUUUUAUCCCCCCUGUUUCUGUUUCAAAUUAUCAGCUUACACAAUUAUACUUAAUCACCGAAUAAAUAGAAUCAUUUUUAAAGAUUUGAGGUGCGCAUUUAAGAGAGCGACUUUAAUUGAAACUGGAAUCAGUGGUAUGUAAAAUGUUGCUUUAAGAUUUAUUGGUAGUACUUUUUUUUAGCUAAAUGAGAGAAAUUAUUUAAAAAUAUGAUAUUUUUAAAUCUUAGGCUUGACCGGUGAUUCUCAUAUUUGUAUGCCAAGUGCACAACCAUUGAUUUAAAGGUGAUGAUAAAUAUUCCUUAAAUUUCACUUAGUAGUGAAUAUUUUUUUUUAAAAAUAAUCCACAGCUUUCUAAUUAUAGAACCCCUUAAGGGAUUCCUUUCACCUCUGAUAGAAUAUGGUUAUAGAUAUUAUAAAAUUAAAGUAUAUAUAUGAAUUUCAUAUUUAAUAUUUAAGCCAACACUUUACUCACUGAUUCAGCAAGUGCUGGUGUAAAAGAACAAAAUAUUUUAGGCUGAGAAUGUAUGGGGACGGAAUAAUUUCAAGUUUCUGGAGUUUAAAGUAAAAAAAAAAAAAAAUUCUUGUAGUCACUUAAUUUUCGGGCGAAAGUUAAAUAAUUCAUCAUUCACCUUGUGAUGUGGGAAAAAAAUUAAUGGAAAAUAUUUUCAAUUGCAUUAAGACAAGAUUAGAUAAGAUAAGAUAUUUUUAUUGAUCCAAAUAAAUGGAAAUUUGUUUUUUUACAUUCAUCGUACAUAUUUCGCUUAGCCUUUAAAAUAUUUUUUUUUGUUUCCCGUUGUUCCUGUAGCAAGACAUUGGCCGUGUAAGUGUGCGGUAUGGAGAACUCUUGAGUUCUUGAGUGAGAACGGUCUUGAAUUUUGGUUUGAACGGAGGUUUUCUUCUCCAAGACUACGGGAACGCCUCUUGUCUGUAUUCGAUUUGUCUUCAAAUAGUUGGUGUGAACUUGCCAUUUUAAAAUAGCUAAUGAACAAAAAUUUAAAGGGGUGUGGAGCCUCCAUAAGUCACAUGAAAGCAUUAAAAUUAUUUCAUUGUUUAUUUUUAACUUUAAAAUCAAUAUUUGGCAAUAUGAAAUAGUCAAUUUACAGGAUUUAUGUUAGGCAAAGCUUAUCGAUCUCAACUCGUCAUCAUCUUAUUGAGGUUUGAAAUAACGAUUGACUACUGAGGUCGUUUAAGUGCGACACCCAAACAAUGGAUUUUAAAAUGGUAAAAUUUAUUUUUUCAAAAAAUGUUUUUUAAAAUUAACAAAAAUAGUUUUAUGUUUAUUUUCAUCAAUAUUCCAAUCGAAUCCUUUGACUCCAUGGGGUUCUUAUCUACACUUCCACAUGUCUUCAUUUGGGUAAAGCAUUUUAAGCAAAUUUAGAUCAUGUUCCACUUUUUAGAAAUUUUUAACUCUUUUAAAUCUCUUUUAUGAAUCUCUUCUAUAUUCUUUUGCUUCUGGAUUGUCCGGUGUCCCCCCCCCCCACCCCACGCCAACUCUACAUGUUUUAUAAUAAUAGCACUGAGUAAAAAGAAAAGCUUCAUGAGUGCCGCCUUAAUUCCGGUAAAAAGCCUGAUUUUUUUGUUUAUUCUUAUAAACGAUUAAAAAUCGCUUUAACUGUC